CUCAGAGCAGUAACUGGUUUAAACUUUACGGUUUUGAAUUAUUACGAAAAGUUGCUAUAUCAGUAAUUUUUGGUUUAAGUAUAAAAGAUUAUUUUGAGUUCGUUCAUUAUGAAUUGUUGCUUUGGUUACACUACACAUAUUUAAUAUUAACUGAAAAAAUGUUUACUAAAAUUAUCAUAGCCGGUGCCAUACUCUUGGUUGCCGUAGCUCGCCCGCAACAUGGCGGCCAUCAGCACGCGUCCUCUUCACAAAGCCUAGUGCUGCAUCAGAGCGGGCACGAGCAGCGCACCCAACACAGCCAGCAGGUGUACCAGCAGCGCGGCCAGCAAGAGCACCACGACAACGAGCACGAGGACUACUACGCGCAUCCUAAGUACGCGUACGAGUACUCGGUACAGGACCCGCAUACCGGAGACCACAAGAGCCAGCACGAGACCCGCGACGGCGAUGUCGUGAAGGGCUUCUACUCGCUGCACGAGGCGGACGGCACCGUGCGCAUCGUCGAAUACUCCGCCGACAAACACAACGGAUUCAACGCCGUGGUAAGACGCGAGGGUCACGCAAAACAUAUCAUCCCUGAACAAAAGCAUCAUUAGUAAAAUUAAUAAUUUAAGUACUGCUCCUGUUAACAAAAAUGUGAUAUUAUUUCUGUUAUGUUUGUAAAUAUUUUAAAUAAAGUACAUUUUAUUUCGCAUUACAGUUAGUUUCAUUUUAACUGUUAUCUUAUACCAAU